AUGGCUGUCCUUAAAAGCAUCACUCUGACUUCUCUGGCCCUCGCUAUUGGUGUCACAGCCCAGUCCGCCAGCCCAGGUGUCGGUAUAAACCCAAAGGCGCAAGGUGCAACAGAAAAUGUCACCCCAAGCACCGGUCCAAACGGCUCCGAAGACUGGCUCAACACCGGCAUCACUAGCAACGGCUGGAACCCUCCUUUCCUCUCCAUCGACGAUGUCUACACAAUCAGCCUCCAAGACUUCUACAACGGCAUUGGUUCCGCCUGCGCCCAGUACGACGGCUACUUCCAAAGCAGCGCAUCCAAGUACGGCGUCAAACCGGUCGUUCUCGCCGUCAUCGCUAUGCAGGAGUCCUCGUGCAAUGCCAACGCUGGUGGACCUACCCCAGGCCUGAUGCAGGUCUCGUGCGACAAUUACCCGAAUGGCCAGUGCACGGAUAGUAUCCAGGAUAAUGUGGACGCGGGAACGCACUAUCUCAAGUCGCAGCUUGAUGCGUCAGGGGGUAACGCGAUCAAGGCGCUGGGUUCAUACAAUGGGUGGUUUACUGCUGGGAGCGGGCUUAACGGGAACCGCGGUUUGACGCAGGACUACCCCUGCUCGGCUGAGGGUAAGGCGCAUGGUAUGCCCCAGAAUCUGGAUUACGUGCACCAGGUGCUGAAUGGGUGGAUUAUGGGGUUGGAUGUUUAUGGAGAGGAUAACUGGAUUGGUACCUAUCACUGUGAUCAGUCGUGCAGUGAUGGCAGUUUGUGCUAG